GAGGAAGUUUGUUCACUGAAGGAACUCUUGACAUCUGAGCAUCGUCUCCUUACACACGCUUCACAAAACAGUUGCAGUGUCAUUUGUUCAGUCUUAAUAAUGUCAAUGUGUGGAUUUGUCUUCUCAUCACUUCUCAUCUUUCUGCCUCAUUUUCUCCAAACCUGUGCAGCAGGCGGAGCUUUGGUUCAUGAGGCUCCUCCCGCUCCGGAGCUGGUGCAGGUGUCCUCAGGUGUGUCCUCAGGUGUGUCCUCAGUUGUAGUAUUACGAUGCCAAGCCCCUCCGGGUCACAGGGGUCGAGUGUUUCAGCUCUAUCGGGUGCGAACACUCGCACACUCGCUUCAGUCUGAAACACAGCGCUCGUACGCAGACUUCCAGGUCAGCACCAACGCCACAGACACACAGGAGAUCUACUGCUGCCGUUACGACUACAGCGUGUACAGCCCCUACACACGCCUCCUGUCUCCAACACGCACAAAUACACCUCCUAUUCCUCCUCAUCUCUCAGUCCUGCCCCCAGAUGGGCGUGUACGGCCUGGUCAGGUGGUAGAGUUCCAUUGUCAGGCCCCGCCCACUGUCCCUCCUGUGGCGUUUGUCCUCCAAAAACAACAGAGGGAAGAAGAUGACGUCCAAAUCGUGAGCCAAUCUACUUAUCCUCACUUCAGGGUGGGACCAGUGGGUGUGGACGAUAGAGGCAUCUACACCUGCUUCUACCAACUGAACAAACCAGAGGGAGUUCAAAACUCUGCCCCCAGUUCACAUGUUUCUGUUAACAUAGGAGUUGAGCUCCCAGAUCCACGUUUAUCUCUGGGGUCAGAGGGGUCAUUAGUGUGCACCGGGUCUCCCUCCUACCCUGGUGCUCAUUUCUCCCUGUUCCAACAGGGUUCUUUGUCACCGUUAGCAACAAAAACUGCCCACAUGAUUCAUCACAGCAUGCGGUUUGCUGCAUCAGGACAACUUGAGGAUGGGGGCAGAUACCAGUGUCAGUACAGUGUGCUGCUGGGUAAUAAUUGGGAACAUUCUCAUCUCAGCUCCCCUAUUCAACUGCCCUGUGUUACAGGAUCUCCCUCCUGCAGCACAUUUUCUGCAGAUAACCAUCCUCCACAAUCAGGUUUGAUGGACCUGCCAAUGGUAUUUGGCUCCAUCGCCUCUGCAUUGCUCUUCCUGAUGGUGUUCAUCUUCCUGUGGGUUGGGAUUCGCAAAUACGCUAAGUCAGCAGCCGAGAACAGAAGGCAGAGGGAACAGGAGCAGUUCUGGAAGCAGGUCCACUCCAGAGACCACAUCAUCGAUCUCACACUACAGAGAGUCAGCACUGGCUCCAAGGAAGAUGAAGCAGCAGCCGAGUCAGAGCCCAUCUACGACUGUCCACUCAGUACAUUCACUCACCCACCUGCCUACUGACUCUCUGUCUCACUCUCUGUCUGUCUGUCUGUCUGUCUCUCUGUCUGUCUGUCUGUCUGUCUGUCUCUCUGUCUGUCUGUCUCUCUGUCUGUCUGUCUGUCUCACUCUUUGUCUCACCUUCUGUCUCACUCUCUGUCUCACUCUCUGUCUGUCUGUCUCACUCUCUGUCUGUCUCACUCUCUGUCUGUCUCACUUUUUGUCUCACUCUCUGUCAGUCUCUGUUAGUGUCCCUCAGCCACAUUGUGAGAGUGUCUCACACACACAGACAGGUACACACCCGAGUGGGCGGAGCAUGCAGACGACAUGACUAGGUUUUGCGUGUCGUUUCUGUCGUCUCUCUCUGACACAAAGGAAAAAGUCAUUAUUAUAACUUUACUUUUUUAUUCUUUCUUCAUCAUCCUUUCGUAACACAACCUUCAUCACUUUUCCUUAUUUACUCGUGUUUUCCUCUUUCCUCGUCUCAUUAUUUCCUUUCAAUCUAUGAUCAUGAUUUGCAUUAUGUCUUUGUAUUUAAAAUCUGUCUGUUAAUUAUGUCCUUGAUAAAUAAAUGAAUGCAUUAUUAAUAUUUUAUAGAUGAAUACAAACUCUUAGUCUCUUUCUCUCUCUCUCACACACACACACACACACACACACACACACACACACACACACACACACACACACACAAACUGUAGAGUGUUAAAUGUUUAUGAGCUGUGAGAAAUGCAAAAUAACAGACUGUUCAUGCCACUGAACAGAAAUUGCACGUCUGUCUGUCUGUCUGUCUGUCUGCCUGUCUGUCUGCCUGCCUGUCUGUCUGCCUGUCUGUCUGCCUGUCUGUCUGCCUGCCUGCCUGUCUGUCUGUCUGCCUGCCUGCCUGCCUGUCUGUCUGCCUGUCUGCCUGCCUGUCUGUCUGCCUGCCUGUCUGUCUGUCUGCCUGUCUGUCUGUCUGCCUGUCUGUCUGCCUGUCUGUCUGUCUGUCUGUCUGUCUGUGUUCCAAUACAUGUGUUACUGUCUCCAUGCUGAAGAGAGGUGUGUAUUACACACUUUUUUCACAUGUGUAGUUAAAGCUUGAGUAAGUCAACAAACUGUACAGUUCAUAAUAAAGGGCAUUAAAUACUUUAA